GCAGAGUUAGCUACUUCCGGCCAUCUGCGUGCAGCGCACGGGAACAAAUGAAAGAUGCCGGUAGAUACUAAACGUGUCCGCGGGCCGGAGGAGUCGCAGUCCCCGGUGCUGUUCCUCCCUCCGAGCACCCAGAGUCCCGCAGGCAGAAGCGGCCAAGGUGCUCGUGGAAAUGCGGAUAUUCGGCCGGUGUUUACGCGCUGUGGGCUCGUGAGCCAAGCAAAAGGCUCAUCCUACCUCGAGGCUGGAAACACAAAAAUCAUCUGCUCGGUGUACGGUCCGCGAGAAAUUGAGCGCAAGGAUGAAACGGACAUGAAGAGCGGCCGCCUGGUUUGUGAUUUCAGACUUGCGCCGUUUUCCUGUCGGAAGCGGGGAGCUUGGAUCCAAGGCAGCGAGGAGCGGGACUUGUCCCUCGCGCUGCUGGAGAGCAUGCAGCCGGGGGUGUGCUUGCACCGGUACCCGCGCUCUCAGAUAGAGGUUAACGUAAUGGUUUUGGAAAAUGAUGGCUCGAUUCUCGCUCACGCCGUGACCUGUGCCUCCAUGGCGCUCGCGGACGCCGGUAUCGAGAUGUACGAUUUGGUGCUGGGCUGCAGCUUGCGGCAGGACGGCGACGCGUGCCUCGUGGACCCGGACGUCCUGGAGGAGAAGGGAAGCUGGCAGUCCGGCUACGAGGAGAACCAGGGCCGCGUCACGCUCGCGCUGCUUCCGAAUCUCGGUCAAGUGUCCGGGUUGCAGGCGGACGGGGAGAUGCGCGAGGAUGCCCUGCCCGCGGCUGUGAGAACAUGCAUCGACGGCUGUCAUAAGAUGUACCCGGUGGUGCAACAGGCCAUAUUGCGGGCUGUUAAGAAAAAAGCUCCACCACCAGAGAAAUAAGGCUCUGUCCUAUUUUACACAUUAACAGCAGAGUUGUGAGUGAUGAUGAUUUCUUGUGUUGGCGCUAUGUGAGAGAUAAAAUUGAACCACGAGGGAAAA